AUGAAGGAAACAUCUGUGCUGUGUCUGCUCUUUCUGAUCUCACUGCUGAGCUGCACAACAAACCAAGCUCGUCUGACUGUGAGUCCCAGCAGCUCUCAGUUCUUUAAAGGAGACUUUGUGUCUCUGAGCUGUGAGGAGGACGACAGCUCUGCUGGAUGGACUCUGAGGAGGAACACAAGGAAACCACAGAGGACUCAGUGUAGAGAUGGGUGGGGAAGAUGGUCUGGUUCUUCCUGUAGCAUCACUGUUUUCCAAUCAGACAGUGGAGUUUACUGGUGUGAGUCCAGAGAAGGUGCCAUCAGUAACAUGGUUAAUCUCACAGUCUCUGGUGGAUCAGUGAUCCUGCAGAGUCCUGUCCUCCCUGUGAUGGAGGGAGAUGACGUCACUCUGCUCUGUCAAACAAAGACCACUCCCUCCAACCUCCCAGCUGCUUUCUAUAAAGAUGGCUCCCUCAUCAGGAAGCAGCCUACAGGUCACAUGACCAUCCAGCAUGUUUCCAGGUCUGAUGAAGGCCUCUACAAGUGUGACAUCAGCGGUCAUGGAGAGUCUCCAUCCAGCUGGAUCACUGUCACAGGUAGACCUACAACCAGGGUCCCUCCCACCACAUCUACAACCCCACCUUCUACCUCAGCCCCACCCCCUGACUCCCCCCACCUUGUAUUCAGACUUGUCCUCCACCUGGUGGUGUUAUGUCCAUACUUCAUCUCCACUCUCCUCAUGGUGUCUUUGUAUCGAUGCAGAGCCAAAGCAACAGCACAAUCCACCCAUGCUGAGCAGGGAUUGGCCGAGGACUGCAGUGAGAUUGUUGCAGUGACCACUGAGCAUCAGUUCUGAGCUGCACAGACACAAAGAAGCGUGACCUUGA